AUGUUGGAAAACUUGGUUGGAGCAAGACCUGAUGCCGCCCGUAGUGUCAUUGAACAUGGCCAGACGAUCCUGCAUUUAUGCGUGAAGCAUAACAGACUAGAAGCUUUGAAGCUUUUGAUAGAUAUCUUGGGCAAUGAACAGUUCAUCAAUUUGGGGGAUGAAGAUGGCAACACAAUUUUGCAUUUGGCUAUUGCUGAUAGACAAGCUGAGACUAUAGUCUUCUUGAUUAAUAAAGGAGUGAACCCGAACAUUACGAACUCCAGAGGUUUCACAGCAGUCAGCCUAUUAGCACAAGGCGAAAGCGCAGGAAGAGCCUCAGAGAUCAGGGAUUAUGUUCCUCAAAUUUCAGAGAAUCAAAACUCAUCCGGACAAACAGUCCACACCAAUAACACGGUCAUGACCUUCCAUCCACCUAUAGGAGAAAAGGAAGAAAGGAAAAGAAAGAUAAAAUGGCAAAACAACAUGCAUCAGACUCUAUUGGUGGUAGCGACAUUGCUAGCUGCCGUGGCAUACCAAGCCAGUCUUACCCCGCCUGGUGGCCUUUGGCAAGGAGAUUCCCCGAGCGAAUAUGUAACAAAUGUUACAGGCAGUAUUAACCCAUCUGGUGGCAUUUCGCCAGCAGUUUCCCAGACCAAUGAGACUGGUGAUACGCAUUUUGCGGGCGAGUCCAUAAUGGGAGAUAACUACCGGGACAAAUACCAUAUUUUCCUAAUAUGUAACACGAUAAGUUUCAUCGCAUCGCUUAGCACCAUUAUGGUUCUUAUAAGUGGUCUUCCUCUAAAGCGGCGUCGGCUUACCACAUGGAUUGCAAUGCUGAUUAUGUGGAUUGCAAUAACCUUCACAGGGGCGACUUAUACCAUCACCAUAUGGGUCUUCACACCGGCUCAGGAAUUGAGUAUUGCAAUUAAAAUAAAUAGAAUUGCGAUGCUGGUAUGGUUUGGAUUAAUGGCUAUUAUUUGCCUGUGCCACGUUGUUCUCUUGACCGUGAAGUUGGUACGCAAAGUCCCCAAAUUCGUCCGCAGCAGGAGGGAUCUUAUAGGAGUUCCCUGA